GAAAAGAAACUGAGACGUGGAGUUUGAGUAAUUCAUUCAAGGUUACCAAGUUGAUAGUGGGACAAGGACUGAAUCACCAGCACUGGCUGAAGGUACCUUAACAUGGGGAAUCUUCUUAAAGUUUUGACAUGCACAGACCUUGAGCAGGGGCCAAAUUUUUUCCUUGAUUUUGAAAAUGCCCAGCCUACAGAAUCUGAGAAGGAAAUUUAUAAUCAGGUGAAUGUAGUAUUAAAAGAUGCAGAAGGCAUCUUGGAGGACUUGCAGUCAUAUAGAGGAGCUGGCCAUGAAAUACGAGAGGCCAUUCAGCAUCCCGCAGAUGAGAAGUUGCAAGAGAAGGCAUGGGGUGCCGUUGUUCCACUAGUUGGCAAACUAAAGAAAUUCUAUGAAUUUUCUCAGAGGUUAGAAGCAGCAUUAAGAGGUCUUCUGGGAGCCCUGACAAGCACCCCGUAUUCUCCCACCCAGCAUCUAGAGCGAGAGCAGGCUCUUGCUAAACAGUUUGCAGAAAUUCUUCAUUUCACACUCCGAUUUGAUGAACUCAAGAUGACAAAUCCUGCUAUACAGAACGACUUUAGCUAUUACAGAAGGACACUGAGUCGUAUGAGGAUCAACAAUGUUCCAGCAGAAGGAGAAAAUGAAGUAAAUAAUGAAUUGGCAAACCGAAUGUCUUUGUUUUAUGCUGAGGCAACCCCAAUGCUGAAAACCUUAAGUGAUGCCACAACAAAAUUCGUGUCUGAGAAUAAAAAUUUACCAAUAGAAAAUACCACAGACUGUCUGAGCACCAUGGCCAGCGUCUGCAGAGUCAUGCUGGAAACCCCGGAAUAUAGGAGCAGAUUCACAAAUGAGGAGACAGUAUCAUUCUGCUUGAGGGUGAUGGUGGGUGUCAUAAUACUAUAUGACCAUGUACAUCCAGUGGGAGCAUUUGCCAAAACUUCAAAAAUUGAUAUGAAAGGUUGUAUCAAAGUUCUUAAGGACCAACCUCCUAAUAGUGUAGAAGGUCUUCUAAAUGCUCUCAGGUACACAACAAAACAUUUGAAUGAUGAGACUACCUCCAAGCAGAUCAAAUCCAUGUUGCAAUAACAGUUCUGGAACAAGCGCCUGCUGUAGACACAAGACAGUAUUCUGCAGUGACUGAGAAUACACAGUUUUUAGUGAUUGCAAUUACUAUCUCAUUUACUCUUGCUUUUUAUUUCUUUCCUCUGUUCCUCUUACCUCUUUUUUAAUCAUGUUCUUGUUCUUAAGACUUCCUUUCUGUGCCAAAAUCAGUAAGGGUAUACUCUGAAGGGACAUUGUCCUUCACACGAGCCUUCUUGGGCAGCUAAUUAUGCAUUGCAUUCGGGUCUCUACUGAGAACAUCUGUGACUUGAACUAAAUAUUUUUAAAUGUGGGUUUUUUUUUUUUUGGAAAACUAAUAUUUAAUAUUGCUUCUUCUGCAUGGCAAAACUGCCUAUUCUGCUAUUUAAAAACCCUCAAUGACUUUAUUUUCUACUGCCGCUUUUUUCAUGUGCAGCCAAAAUGAAAAUGUUUAAAUUAACUGUGCUGUACGAAUGGUACCCAACACAAACUUUUUAAAUUAGUGAGACUUUGUUUAACGUUUUAAGUUUGCAUUUUGACUUUUUUUGUAAGGAUGUAUGUUGUGUGUUUAACCUUUAUUAACUAACGUUAAAACUGUGAUGUGUGCGUAGAAUUUGCGUAUGCAUGUUCAUGUUUAAAGAAUGGCUGUGACGAUAAAAUAAAAAUCAGCUUUCAUUUUUCUAAGCGUG